ACGUGACACAACUGACCGCUGCGCCUGUUGAAGAGUUGGGCUGUAGUAUGCAUGUGGGGACUGGACACUUGGACAUCAGACGCUGACCGCAAGGAAUACCUACAUUUUUCUACGUCUUUCUGGGAAUAAAAUAUUAGUUUAAUAUCAAAUGUGUGAAAUAAUAUUUAGUCGGAUUUUUCUUGGGUUUCCCGUACUUCUACUCUGGAUGGCAGGUGGUCCUACACAUGCCGCCUGUCCUAUUGAGCUCAACCCUCCCAGAUUGGUGGUGAGAUAUGGAGACUCAGUCUCAGUCAACUGCAGCACAUCAUCCACAGACCAUGAGGGGAUGGGCUGGGAGGCCACAUUCGGAGGUACAAGUUUUGAAGAGGUCAACUUUGUCAUCUGGACUGUGGAAUAUUUGACAGACUGGACAAUACAACCUAAAUGCUACAUCACCACAAAAGAUGAAGUGCAGUGUUUGGAAACGUUCCCUGUCAUUCUAUACAAGACUCCAGACAGAGUCUCCAUCCCUCCUCUGAGCCACUCUGGUCCCAUGGUGGAGGGGACAGAGUACCAGCUGCAGUGUGACAUCCAGAACAUCGCUCCUCAACAGAACCUGGUUGUGAAGUGGUACAAAGGGAAUGAACUCUUAGAUAAUGUAACUUACAGUAACGUCAGUAAGACACCAGUGGAUGUGUCACCUACUCUGAUGAUCAGCCCCAGUAGAGAUGAUGAUGGAGCUCAGUAUAGAUGUAGAGCAGAACUGGACCUGGGACCAGAGGGACCACAACCCCAUCCUACAGUGACAUCAGAACCUCUCAACAUUACUGUGCACUAUGCUCCUGAGUUCCUUCCAGGGAAUGACACAGUGGAGGUGAGUGCAGGCAGUGAUGUGUCUCUGGACUGCAGUGCUGAGGGGAACCCUCCUCCUGAGCUGAGGUGGACCAACAACACUGCAGAGGGAAAUGCCAAUGAGACCACUGUGGGGCACCUGCGUACUCUCUAUAUCUCCAGAGUAACAGCUAAUGCAACUUACAACUGCACAGUCACAAAUAGACUGGGCUCCAUCACCAAGCAGAUACAUGUCCUAGUAGAUGUACCUCCACAACAACACCCAACCAUGUUCUCCACAGCACCCUCAACUCCAGGAACUAUGACCACCCUCCCAGCAACAGCCAAGCCAAAAGUAGUUACCUUUCCUCUUGAGCUCAACCCUCCCAGAGUGGUGGUGAGAUAUGGAGACUCAGUCUCAGUCAACUGCAGCACAUCAUCCACAGACCAUGAGGGGAUGGGCUGGGAGGCCACAUUCGGAGGUACAAGUUUUGAACAAGAUGUCAACGUUGUCACCUGGAUUGUGGAUAACCUUACUGAUUGGACAAUAGAACCUAAAUGCUACAUCACAUCAUUGAGCGAUCAACCCUCAAAAGUACUUCCAGUCAUUCUCUACAAGACUCCAGACAGCGUCUUCAUCUCUGUUCUGAGACACUCUGGUCCCAUGGUGGAGGGGACAGAGUACCAGCUGCAGUGUGACAUCCAGAACAUCGCUCCUCUACAGAACCUGGUUGUGAAGUGGUACAAAGGGAAUGAACUCUUAGAUAAUGUAACUUACAGUAACGUCAGUAAGACACCAGUGGAUGUGUCAGCUACUCUGAUGAUCAGCCCCAGUAGAGAUGAUGAUGGAGCUCAGUAUAGAUGUAGAGCAGAACUGGACCUGGGACCAGAGGGACCACAACCCCAUCCUACAGUGACAUCAGAACCUCUCAACAUUACUGUGCACUAUAUGCCAUGCAUCAAUGCAUCUCGACUGCCAGUGAGGAUACCUGUGUUCAGGGGCUAUCCUGAGGAGUUAGUGUGUGAGGCUGAGGGUUACCCACAGCCCAGGAUACAGUGGCUCUAUGACCCAUCGAAGCCUGUCAGUCAGGCGGGAGGCAACCUGACUGUCUUUGAGGCAGGGUUCUACAACUGCACCGCCACCAACGAUGUGGGGACGAGCUUCAUUGUGGUAGAGGUGGUUUUAAAUGAGGACUACCUGCCCCUCAUAGCGGGCUUCGUGGCCUUCAUGGUCGUGGUCAUCUCGGUCAUCUUCGUCUUCAUCUACUCCAUCUACUACAAGAACAACAAGAUGGGCCGCUACAGCCUGAAGAAGGCCAAGCUCAGCAGCAUGCCCAACGGCAACGUAGCGCAGAACGGCGGCCGGGACACUCCGUUCCCGAUGACUAAACUGUCUCAGCCAAACAUCUACUUCUAGGAGAAUGAGUUUUAUUGGGAUGGGCCACUUUGAAUGAAGAGCCCUCUUUCCCCGCUGAGAGACUAAGUGACUAAGUGAGAGACCAAGUGGUUGAGGUGGUUGAGGGGCUGGUCACAACUCAUUCAGCUGGUAGACUCAGGUCUGGAUUGUGAUAGUUGGGAGUGUCUCCUGACUCUCCUCCAACCUCCCUAUGCUUCAUAUGCACUCCCUUUCCUCUUUAGCACUUUAAGAUUUUAAGUACAGAUCAGUCCCUCUAUUUCCCCUUGACUGAAGAACUUGAUGAGGUAGAAUAACCUCUGUUUUUAGUGUAAGCUUUAUGAUCUAUUCUACACAUUCAAAGUGUAGCUGAUGUUUUCUCUGAAGGACAAGAAGAGGCAGCAAAUGGACAAGGUGAAAUCCCUUUUUGGAAAUUGGCUGAAUUGAAAUAAAUGUUUUGGAAAAACUGGUUUGUGUUGCAUAAACACCAACAAGGGAAUUGUUAUGCCAUUUUGAAUGUCUUUUUUUAGUAUGGUCUGAUGACAAUGUAAUUUCUGUCACAUUAUGCAAUUGCUUGAAGAGCAGCACAUGGUUGAAAUUGUGAGAAUGUCCCCUUUGCCUGGAUGUGAUGUCUUGCUCGUGACAAGAAACUUGGAGUGUAAACCUGCAGUACAGUGGAGGCUGCUGAGGGGAGGCCGGCUCAUAAUAAUGGCUGGAACGGAGUGAAUGGAAUGGCAUCAAACACAAGGAAACCAUGUUUGAUGUAUUUGAUACCAUUCCACUAAUUCCACUCCAGCCAUUACCACGAGCCCGUCCUCCCCAAUUAAGGUGCUACCAAUCUCCUGUGCUACAGUAUAUGCACACAACCUCUUUAGGUUGUGAACACAAUGAUCAGUGAAACCAAUUAAUGUAGCCUACAUGUGAAAAGUAUUAUUUCCCCAGAGUACGAAUUAUAUCGUGACAUUAAGGGGGUCUCCAUUUUUUUACGCGACUUCCUACAUUUUUUGGGGGGGACUAAUAGUAAAGAUGUAUUGUAAUGGUAAACAUUAUUACCUUUUAAUGUGGCAUGAACACAAACAGUCAUGAUGCGUUCAUCUGAUUCUCAAACAAAUCACUUAAAAAAUGAAGCUACCUGUGCACUUUUGUCCACAAAACAAUUCCAGCUUCCAACAGUGCACCCGCCGUUUCAUGAAGGGAAAGAGACAUCUGUUACAAAAUUGAUGCGUCUUGCUGACAAAUUGACAGAAAAAAUAUAAAAAUGUGGACACCUGAAAAGGGGCUGAAAUAUGGGACCCAACUACAGCUGUCUGUCCCAAGCUCAUGUGAGGGCCCAGUUGAAACAAUAUUGCAAAGCUCAAAACAGACAUCAGAGAGGCAGACAGGCGGAGAAUGAAUGCGAUUGAAAGAACCUGAACUGGUUUAAACCAGUGGGGAGCUCAUUUAGGGGAGCUCAUGUCUCAUUUGGCGGUCAGAGCUACUCUGUUACUACUCUACACUGCUCCUACUCACCCAGAACUGCAUCUGGAGUGUUCAGUGUUUUAACUGCAUCACUGUAAUGCCUGACUGCAUGUGAGUUCUGAAUGUGUGGAAGGGGCAGUUGGUGUGUGGUUGUCUCUUCCUGUAAGCAGAUUGAAUCAAGCCAUUAUUAUCACAUGCAGGAGUCAAGAGAAAGCCUGGAGCUCAAGAGUAAUGUCAAUACUUUUUAGGUCUCACUUCAUAUUGAGUGGCCUAAAACCUUUGUAAUUACAUGGUUGUUACAUGGUA